AAAAAAAAACGCAAAAAGCACAGAAACAGAUGACUGAUCAACUGUGAAAGGACAGCAAACUCCCAGACAGCAAACUCCCAGACAGCUGCAUCCCUGGUAAAAUUUAGAAUAACAAACGAAAACAUUCACUACAGCUAAGAAAAAUAUGGACAACAGUAAGCAAACUGUUGUUGUAACAGGGUUUGAGCCAUUUGGAGAGCACACUAUUAAUGCCAGUUGGGUAGCAGUCCAGGAACUAAAGAAGCUGGGCCUGGGAAAGGACAUAGACCUGCAUGUGUAUGAGGUGCCUGUCGACUACCAGGCAGUCCAGUGUUUGAUUCCAUCACUAUUGAAGCAGUAUCAUCCCCAGUUAGUGGUCCAUGUUGGAGUCUCAGGUAUGGCCACCACCGUUACCUUAGAGAAAUGUGGCCGUAACCAUGGCUACAAGGGUCUGGACAACAGCCGCUUCUGUCCCCAUUCUCAGUGUUGCAUUGAGGGGGGCCCAGACUGCAUUGACUCUGUUAUUGACAUGGAAUCGGUCUGCAAAAGAGUGACAGCCUCUGGACUAGGAGUAGCAGUCUCCGUCUCUCAAGAUGCUGGCAGAUACCUCUGUGACUUCACCUACUACACCUCUCUGUACCUGAGCCAUGGGCACUCGGCAUUCAUCCACGUGCCUCCCAUAGAGAAGCCUUAUAGUGGAGUGGACUUGGGUAGGGCCCUCCAAGCCAUCAUACAAGGGAUGUUGAACAUGCUCGACCAAACCGAAGAGAAGAUCCACUGCCAGCGUGUGCACUAAUUUACCUGUGAAAGCCAACUGCCUUUAACCCCUUACACACAAGAGAGAUUAUGCACUUAACCACAACUAGCCAAACAAUGUUUUUGUUUCAUUACCUCUUCUGGUGCAAAUUCAAAGAUGGCAACCAUACAGACACUUCCAGUUGACUUAUUUCACAGCCAUUUCGUCACAUUCUUCAUUGCUGUUUCCUCAAGCUCUUGACCUGGCCCAUUUUUAAAAUCUUAAUAGUUAUGAUGAGGUGAGUAAAGCUGUUUUGGUGUAAUGAGCUUUCCCCACAUUCUGUUGACACAGAGAUUGAGCAAGACGAUUUGAACUGGAAUAACAGGAAUUGACAGAAGUGAGCCACAUGCUUGUUCUAAGAGCGCUACUCUUUUUGAAUCUGUUGAGAAGCUUCCAUGGUUUUGACUCUAUCCAUACUUACACUGCUAUCUCAGAAACAGGGUUAGUGUAUGGAAUAGCCCUUUUUUGCAUCGACUCAAUGUACAAGUUCCACAUUAUUUAUUGUUAUUUAAGGGGAAUUUCUGUCUUUGGUUGUUAUUCAUCAUCUUGAAGAGCUAUUUUUGUAACCAUCUUUUUCAUUAAAGUCUUAAGCGUCCA